AGAAAUUAUAAUAAUUUUUUAGAAAUAUUUUUGCAAUUUUUUUUUGCAAAACUGAUUUUGGAAAUUCAUAAGUCAGUUCAGAUUUUUAGAUAAGUCUGAAAUUUUUUAAAAGUCUUCUGUAAAGGAAAACUUUAUGUGGCGUGUCACGGUUGAAAUUAACGGAAGUGAAGGAAGCGGGAAUUGUCAAGCAGAAAAACAUGUUUUGCACUGGCUGUGGGAAACCAGCUGUGGGAAACUUUUGCUGUCACUGUGGUGUAAAAUGCCAACCAACACCAAAUACCAGUCCAGGCACUAGUAGUGGUAGUGUGUCUUCAGGAAAAAUGAAAUAAAUCCAGUGAUUGUGUUGAAAUCGUACCGUAUCAUGAUUCUCAAGGGAGAUGAAAUGAACAAUAUGGAUGACAAUGGAUUCGAUAGAGGCAAAGAGACAGAUGCUCUAAUAUGUGUGACUAGAUUGACUGGAGAUGAUGGGAAAAUCAUUUUUGAUGAUUUUGAUGAGCAAGUGCGAACAUGGCCUCCUACACACUUUAGGCAGAGAAUAGAGGUGAUGUACGAUGGUGAAAAUGCCAAAGAUCUUGGUGGGCCACGUCGAGAACUUCUUACAGAUUUAAUAAGGUACAUCAAAGGCGAUGAUUCACCAUUCCUAAAUGUGAUCAACAAUGAGUGCUGGAUCAGUACUAGUGAAAGAGAACACAUAGGAUAUUUUGCUGCUGGUGUUGCUGUUGCUAUGGCAUUGCUUUUUGAGGGACCACCUGUCAACUUCCUGGCAGAGGGGCAGAUGGAUAGACUCUUAAAUAAGGAAAGCUUAGAACUAAAUGGAGGAGAGCGAGAGUUUUCAAGAGGAAUGAACAUGUAUGGUGUGCUUGAGCUUGUAAGGAAGAAGCCCGUUAUGCGGUAUCUGCUUCGCCCAGGAACCCAGGCAGUCAUGACAAUGCGCAAGUUGAAGAGUCUCGUAAAACCUGUGUUUUCCGAAGCGGGAACCAACAGUAAAAUAAAAGAAGAGAAAAUAUUUCGAAUGUUCAACAAAUACUUAAUAGAAGUACAGCAUGGCAACAGGCCAGUUGAUAUCCCAAUGAUACUUAAAUUCAUAACAGGCUCUGAAACGGAACCCAUAACAGGGUUCGACCCGGGAUUAACCAUUGAAUUCUAUGACAACAAUGAUGAUAUCCCAACAUCUUCUACAUGCACAAAUACUUUCCGCCUUCCAUAUUAUGAUGGGAUCAAACAAGAUAGUGUAUUUGCAAAAUUUGAUUAUGCAUUUAGUAAUAAGUACUUUGGCAAACAUUAAAAGUCUUGUCUACAUACUGUACAUGUUUCCUGGCGCACUGUCAGGAUUUACAUUUUUUAGUGGACAUUGCCUGAAGCUUAAGAUUUCUUUAGCAUUAGCAUUUUAAAGCUAUCAUCUGAGAAUUCAUUUCUCUAAUUAUCCCAUCGAACGAAGUUCGGAGGGAUAUAGGGAACGCCUCCGUCCGUACGUCCUUCCUUCCGUACAUCCGUCUGUCCGGGGGAUAACUCAAAUACCGUUUGCCCGAUUUUGUUUUGAGAGUAGAAGUUCUGCUCGAAAGCCGAUUUUCAAAAUGGCCA